CAGAGAGAAAUACACACACAACAGGGUUUCAGAGGGACAGAAACUAGUAGAGACAGACACGGACAGAGAAAGAGAGAAACAGGGUGAUAGAGACACAAAAAAGAGAGUCCUACACUGAGAAAAGGGGAGACAGACACACAGAAAUAUUAACGAAGAGAGAGUGUGACGGUGACAAACAGAGAGUUAGAGAUAGAGAGAGCAGAGAUAGCCAUUCAGUUAGAGAGCGCAGUCAGUGUGACAGACACCAGGAUACAGAGAGAGAGAGAGUGCGGAGUCGCAACAUGCAGCCUCCCCCCAGGAAGGGUCGAGUGAGCCAGGAGGUGAAGAUCAGUUUCUCGGAGCAGCUGUGUAAAAUACAGAACAAGCAGCAGCAGGAAGCCGAGCUACUGGAGGACAUCAGGUCGUUUAGCAAACAGAGAGCUGCAAUUGAGAAGGAAUAUGGUCAGGCAUUGCAGAGGUUGGCUGGACAGUUCUUGAAGAAAGAUUGGAAUCGUGGAAAACCGGAUACAAGUGACAACAGGAUGGCCUCAGUGGUCUGGCGUUCCACCAUCGAAGCGACGGUCCAGCUCGGCCUGGCACGUGUUGCGGCAGCGGAGAAUUACCGGACGGUCAAUGUGGAGGCAGCGAAGACUGUGCGCUCGGCCAAGGAGCUGAGAUUGAAGAAGUGCUCAGAGCAGCUGGUUAGAAUCCAGUCGGAGCUGUUUGAGGCAGUGAAAGAGGUGAAUAAAGCGAAGAAGAAGUAUUGGCAGAUGCAGAGGAUUGCUGAGAUCGCCCGGGAGAAAGCAGCAGAGGCUGAGGCCAAGUCGAAAAAGAGUGAGUUUGGAAUAUUUCAUUCAAAAACCAGUCUACAGAAGCUGACUGCAAAGCUCUCUGCCAGAUUGUCCGAGUGCAGCCAUCGGGUCACGGAAGCUCGGAAUGAAUACCUUCUGUCGCUUGCUGCUGUCACGGCACACCAGGACCAUUACCUCCAGACUGACCUGCCCAUUGUCAUGAAGAACCUGGAUGGGGAUGUGUACGAGAAGCUACAAGAAUACUUCACCCUCAUCAGCAAGACUGAGAUUGACGCUUGUCAGUCGGGGCAGGAGUGUUUCCGGAGUGUUCUAGAAUCCUCCAGUAAGAUUUCCCGGGACUACGACCUUCAGUUAUUUCUCCAAGAGAACCCAGUGUUUACGGAGCCCUCUGCGUUUGUCUUCCAGCCAGCUGGUUCUGACAAGGUUUGCCGAUUGGAAAUACAGCCCGGUGACAGAGACAGAGAGUCCAGUCUGGACAAGGAGGCACGCAAGUGGGCAACUAAACUGGCAAAUAACCACAAAGUCAUCGCCCACGGCGAGCGGGUUUUACGCAAUUUAGAUCAGCGAAGGAAGCUCUCAUCUGAGGAAGAGAUUUCAGGUGUUGAGGCCAAGAUGGAGGAGGUUAAGGAGAGCAUCAGGAAAGCAGAGACAAGCAAGUUGAAGGCAGAUUUCCGCCUGAACCUGCUACGCGAGGCUGGCCUAGAGGUGGACACUUGGUUGGUCAGCACCAUGAACCAAGCUAGUGAGGAGCUGGAGAGAGAGAGAAAGCUGAGUGAGGCCCGAGUGUCGAAUGGAGGCCUCCCAGAGUUUGACGAGAUAGAUUUCACGGAUUUUGAGGAAUUUGAUGACACCAAUGAGAUCUUUGAUGAGGGCAGUGAAGCAACCCUUGGCAGUUCCCCUCGAAUGUACCCGGUGCUCUGUAAAGUUCUCUACAGUUACCAGGCCACACAGUCUGAUGAACUGACCAUCACUCUAGAAGAGCAGCUGGAAGUGAUUGAAGAUGGUGACAUGGAGCAUUGGGUGAAGGCCCGGAAUAAAGCUGGUCAAAUAGGUUACGUGCCUGAAAAGUAUCUCCAGUUUCCAGGUGGGAACAGCCUAUCCAGCAAGAUCCCCAUGGUAAUGUCCUCUGACAUUAUGUCUUAUUCCUCAUCAAACAGCUCUGCAGAGCAGGAACUGAUGACUUGCAGUGUCGUAGAGCAGCCAGCAGAUGGAGUCUGCUUAGCCCGGGCGUUGUACGAUUAUGAGGGACAGAGCGCAGAGGAGCUGUGUUUCCCUGAAGGUGGCCUGAUCAAGGUCCUUCACACUGAUCAGCGCGGAGUAGACGAUGGAUUCUGGGAAGGAGAAUUCAAUGGCCAUAUUGGCGUGUUUCCAUCCUUGCUUGUCGAGCUGCUGUCUGGGGAAGGCACAGAUCUGGAGCUGGAGCCGAUGCUGGAUCCGACAUCCCCACCUCCGUUCUCUCCUCCUGCUCCUGACUCCGGUGCAGUGGCAUUUCACAGUGUAGCAUCCGCACAGCAAGAGGGACUCCAAGUGUCACCUAGAAACAGUGUUUCUGCUGUCCUCAAGGAGGAAUCCCAUAUCCUGGAGCCGAUUUCCGAAAUGCCUGCGGGACGACUGAGACCAAUUCGAGCUGCCCCUCCUCCACCAUCGUCCAAUCCGAUUUCACAACAGGAUGAGGAACUCCUUGUCUGAAUAUUCCCACCUGAAUUCCAACCAACCCUACACGUGGAGCCAAAGCCAACUGGAGGAAUGGGUGACAGGCCUUUGGUCCCAGGAUUGGUGCUUCACAUGGGAGAUAUGAGGGGGGUUGGACUGCAAUCCUUGUCAGAAUUCACCAUGGCUUUGAAUUUCCGCAGAUGGAGAACCAGGAACCAUCAGCUUCCAGAUAGAGGAUGGGUCCUUGGUGUGUUCAUUGAGGACUUUCUCUGAGAGCGCCAACCUUUAAUUCUCAACAAUUUAAACUUGUGCAAAGCCUCUCUUGUGAUGAAACAUUCCUGGGACCUGAACAUGGAAUCAUGUGAGCAUAUAAGACACAUUCAAGGAGUGAACAUCGUGCAAUGGGAUUUGGAAUUCCCUUGUAAUUGGGUCCAACCAAUGACCUUUCACCCUUUCUGAAGCCAAGCUGAUCGCCUCGUCCUCUGUUUGCUGUCAGGAGCACAAAUGGGGUUUCAUAAAGGGGCAUUGUUUUGUGGCAGCGUCCUGGGGUCUCUGUCAGUUUGAUCUGUCUGCGACAGACUCAUUCAGCGAGCUAUGAAGCAGUUAUAUCCCAGUUAGUGUGCACGUGUGACUGAAUGGGAUGAGUGAUGGUAACUUUAUUACUUCUUUGAUUUUAUUGGCAGCCUGUGCAUUGUCAACCCGUUGAGGUGUCAAUCAUUGGGAAUUACCUCGGAGUCCUCAGGAAUGAAAUGGCACUCACUUUCAGGUGAAUUAGAGACACACGUCAAAGACAUAGGUUUCAUUGAUUUCAUUUCCUACUGGGGGUGUGAACGUACUGGAAAUACUAAUAGUUAUUGACCAUCCUUAGUUGUUCUGGAAAGAUGGUAGUGGGCUACCUUCUGAAGUCACUGGGAUUAAUACAAAUGGAGUGUCUUCUCAAACUACUUUGGAAGGUAGUUAUGGUAAAUCACAUUGAUGUGUAAUAGGAGUCAUGUAGCGAUUCAAAUCGCGUAAGGAUUACAGAUACCCUUCCCUAAAGGACAUUGGUGAGCCAACUGUGUUUUUCUGAUAGCCUCAUGGUUACUUUCACUGAGGCCAACAUUUUAUUUCCAUGAUGACACUUGCAUGAUGAACAUGCUAUUCGUCAUUUGUCAGCCCAAACCUGGAUAUUGUCCCAAGUCCUGCUGCGUUUUGACAUGGACUGUAUCAGUUUCUGAAGAGUCAUGAUUGAUGCUGAACAUUGUACAAACAUCAGCAAGCAUCUUCUGACCUUAUGGUGGAGGCAAGGUCAUUGAUGAAGCAGCUGAACACAGUUGGGCCGAGAACACUACCCUGAGGAACUCCUGCAGAGAUGUCCUGGAGCUGAGACGACUGACGUCCAACAACCACAACCAUCUUCCUAUGUACCUGGUGUAACUAGAACCUGUGGACUCCCAUUGACUCCAGUUUCAUUAGGGCUCCUAAAUGCCAUGUUUAGUCAAAUGCUGAAUUGAUGCCAAGGGCUGUCACUCUCUCACCUCACCUCUGGAGUUGAGCUCCUGUCAGGUUUGAACUAAGCCUGUGAUGAGAUCAGGAACUGAACAGCCCUAAUGGAACCCAAGUUAUUGCUACAUAAGGGAUGCUUGAUAGCACUUGUUGAUAACCCCAUCUAUCAUUUUACUGACAAUUAAGUCUAGACUGAUGGGGCAGUAAUUGGCUGGCUUAGAUUUGUCCUGCGUUUUGUAUACAGGAUGUACCUGGACAAUUCCUGCAUUGCAUGGUAGGGGUCAGUCUUGAGCUGUAUUGGAACGGUUUGAUUGGGGUAAUAAGUCUUCAGAAUUAUUAUUCAAAAUGUCAGGACCCAUAGCUUUUGCAGUAUCCAAUGCUUUCAGCCAUUUCUCAGGGGUUCAGUUGCGUAGAUCUUUAAAAUGCCAUGAACAGGUGCAGAAAUAAUCAGGAAGGCUAAUGGAGGUGCAGGUUUUUAUAUCGAGAGGAACUAGAGUACAAGGAUUCAGAUAGGUGAGGGUCCAGAAGACGGGAGGUUGGCUAACGUGGUACCAUCAUUUAAGAAAGGUUGUAAGGACCAGCCAGGGAACUAUAGACCAGUGAGUCUGACGUUGGUAGUGGACAAGCUGUUGGAGGGAAUCCUGAGGGACAGGAUAUACAUGUAUUUGGAAAGGCAAGGACUGAUUAGGGAUAGUCAACAUGACUUUAUGCGUGGGAAAUCAUGUCUCACAAACUUGAUUGAGUUUUUUGAAGAAGUAACAAAGAAGAUCGAUGAGGGCAGAGCAGUAGAUGGACUUCAGUAAGGCGUUCGACAAGGUUCCCCAUGGGAGACUGAUUAGCAAGGUUAGAUCUCACGGAAUACAGGGAGGACUAGCCAUUUGGAUACAGAACUGGCUCAAAGGCAGAAGACAGAGGGUGGUGGGGGCGUGGGGGGGUGGGGUUGUUUUUCAGACUGGAAGCCUGUGACCAGUGGAGUGCCACAAGGAUCGGUGCUGGGCCCUCUACUUUUUGUUAUUUACGUAAAUGAUUUGGAUGUGAGUGUAAGAGGUACAGUUAGUAAGUUUGCAGAUGACACCAAAAUUGGAGGUGUAGUGAACAGCGAAGAGGGUUACCUCCGAUUACAACAGGAUCUGGACCAGAUGGGCUAAUGGGCUGAGAAGUGGCAGAUGGAGUUUAAUUUAGAUAAAUGCAUGGUCCUGCAUUUUGGAAAGCAGAUCUUAGCAGGACUUAUACACUUAAUUGUAAGGUCCGAGGGAGUGUUGUUAAACAAAGAGACCUUGGAGUGCAGGUUCAUAGCUCCUUGAAAGUGGAGUCACAGGUAGAUAGGAUAGUGAAGAAGGCGUUUGGUAUACUCUCCUUUAUUGGUCAGAGUAUUGAGUACAGGAGUUGGGAGGUCAUGUUGCAGCUGUACAGGACAUUAGUUAGGCCACUGUUGGAAUAUUGCAAGCAAUUCUGGUCUCCUUCCUAUCAGAAGAAUGUUGUGAAUCUUAAAAGGGUUCAGAAAAACUUUGCCAGGGAUGGAGGAUUUGAGCUAUAGGGAGAGUUUGAAUAGGCUGGAGUUGUUUUCCUUGGAGCAUCGGAGGCUGAGGGGUGACCUUAUAGCGGUUUAUAAAACUAUGGAUAGGAUAAAUAGACAAAGUCUUUUUCCUGGGGUGGGGGAGUUCAGAACUAGAGGGCAUAGGUUUAGGGUGAGAAGGGAAAGAUAUAAAAGGGACCUAAGGGGCGACUUUCUCACACAGAGGGUGGUAUGUGUAUGGAAUUAGCUGCCAGAGGAAGUGGUGGAGGCUAGUUCAAUUACAACAUUUAAAAGGCAUCUGAAUAAGUAUAUGAAUAAGCAGGGUUUGGAGGGAAAUGGGCCAGGUGCUGGCUAGUGGGAAUAGAUUGGAUUGGGAUGUCUGGUUGGCAUGGAUGAGUUGGACCGAAGGGUCUGUUUUCCGUGCUGUACAUCUCUAUGAUUCUAUAUUAUGGUGCAGUUAUAUGAAAUCCUGGUUGGACCCCAUUUGGAGUACUGUGAGCCCAUCUGGGCACCACAUCUUAGGAAGGAUAUAUUGGCCUAGGAUGGAGAACAACAUAGAUUUUACAAGUAUGAUGCCUGGACUUCAGGGUUACAUUAUCAGGAGAGAUUAAACAAACUAGACCCAUUUUCUCUAGAAUUUUGAAGGGUAAAGGAUGAUCUGAUCAAAGCCUUCAAGGUAUUAAUGGGAAAAGACAGGGUAAUUAUAAAUAAACUAUAUUCAUGCAUUGAGGAUUCUAGAACUAGAAGAUCAUGACCUAAAAUGUAGGGCCAAUCUGUCCAGGUGAGAUGUUAGGAAGCACACCAGGAUGGGAGAUGAUUGGAACUCUCUUCUACAAAAGGCAGUGGAUGCUGGAUUAGUUGUUAAUUUUAAAUCUGAGAUGAAGGUUUGUUAAGCAAAUAUAUCAAAGGAUAUAGGCUAUGGAAUUAGGCUACAUAUCAGCCAUGAUCUCAUUAAGUGGUAGAAUAGGGUAAAGGGCUGAAUGGUCUAUUCCGGUUCCUAUUUUCCUGAUAUCACAUGCAAUGCUUUGAAUUGACUGGAGUCUGGCAUCUGUGGUGAUGGGGAAUUCCAGUGGGAGCUGCGAUAGAUCAUAGAUUAUUGUAAAUGCUUCAGCCUUUGGCACUGAGGUGGGAUUUUUGUGAGGUGUCAUCUUCCAGUCAGCUAUUUAAUUGUCCACCACCAUUCAUGACUGGAAUGUGGCAGAUAUAUAUCUGAUCUUUUGGUGUAGAAUGAUUUAGCUCUGUCAUUUGCUGUUUAUACUGUUUGGUAUGCAAGUAGUCCUGUCUGGUCGCUUCACUAGGUUGACAGCACAUUUUAAGGUAUGCCUGAUGCUGCUCCUGGCAUGUCCUCCUGCACGCUCCAUUGAACUGGGAUUGAUCCGUGUGAUAGAAAUAAAGUGAGGGGUAUAUUAGGCCAUCAAGUUGUAGAGUCCACUGAAUUGAACUGCCUAGAAGCAGAUUAAAUAGUAUCUUUCAAAAGGUAAUUAGAUAAGUAUUUGGAAAAAGAAAAAUAGAGAAGGGACUAGGGAAGGAAUAGGGGGUCAGAAGAGUCAUAGAGAUGUACAGCAUGGAAACAGACCCUUUGGUCCAACCUGUCUAUGCUGACCAGAUAUCACAACCCAAUCUAGUCCUACCUGCCAGCACCCAGCACAUAUCCCUCCAAACCCUUCCUAUUCAUAUAUCCAUCCAGUUGCAAUUGUACCAGCCUCCACCACUUCCUCUGGCAGCUCAUUCCAUACACGUACCACCCUCUGCGUGAAAAAGUUGACUUUCUGACAGGAACAGGAGGGAAUAAGGUUGACUGAAGGUGGUUCAGAGUGAGGCUGUGUGGGAAGCAUGUCUUUCCAGGUGGUUUACUCCUGGCUCAGGAAACAGGGAGACAAAGGCUAUUAGGUCUAGGCAGUGAAGACCAUAAUCAGAUUCGCUACUAUCUCACUGAGUAGUGGAGAAGGUUUGAGGGGCUGAAUAGCCAGCUGGGCUGAAUUCAUACAUAGGAAAAAAAAAUACACUGAGUUUAUGACAGAGCUAUCGACAACAUGCUGGAAAGGGGAGUCAUUCCCACUGUCCUAGACAAUAUGUAUCUCUCUUAAACAAUUCAUAAAGUGAUAUAAUUUAUUUACAGUUUUGUGUGGGAUCCUGCUGUAUAUGAAUUGGCUUUCAUGUUUCCUGUACUACAACAGUGUGCAGGUUGAAGAAAGUUCCUCAUUGGGCUAUGAAGCAUUGUACAUCAUCCUGCCAUAGUGAACAAUACUUUAGAAACGCAGGUCUUUCUUUCUCAGCUUCAGAAUGUGGACAGAGAGUUUGUUUUUAUCAAGUCAGAAUCUGGAAGCACAUUGUACGUAAUAAAUAAUAAACCAACAACACUACUUUAAACUAACCUUUUGAGUCUAUCACUUGGGACAAAGACCAAAUAUAGGAAAAGGCAGGGAUUGAGGGUUGGGACAACAAAGUUGCUUCGGGAUCAAGUCUGAGGUCAUUCCCAGGUUUUGCAAAAUAAAAUCUAAGCCAGCACAAUCGUUUCAGUACCGAGGGUGCUCUGCAGUGUUGGAGGGACAGUACUGAGGAAAGAUAGUGCUAAAGUGCAGCUGUCAGAGUUACAGUACUGAGGAGGUGCUGCAGUGUCUAGGAAGCAGUCAUGGGGGAGUGCUACACUGUCAGAGUUACAGUACAGAGGAGGUGCUGCAGUGUCUGGAAAGCAGUGCUGGAGAGUGCUAUACAUGUGAUACUGAAGGAGUGCUUCACUGUCUGGGAAGCAAUAGUGAGAAAGGCAGCACUGUCAACAGUGAGGGGGAGCUUAUUCGUCUGGGAAGCGGUGAGUGAGAGCUGCAACAUAAGAAGGGCAGUCUUUUGGAUGAGAGCAGUUAGUCCUGCCAACUGUAAUUCUUCAAUGUAAAUAAUAGCACGUUAAUAAAUCUCGGGUUCAUUCUGA